AUGAAGAGAUUAACAGCUAAACUAGUAUUCAUGGGAUCUCAGGGUGUUGGUAAAUCAAGUAUAAUCACAAGAUACAUAAAAGGAGACUUCAAAAAGGAAUGUGAAGCAACAAUUGGUGCUUCAUUUAUGUAUGCUAAAGUUACAUUACGGGACUAUCAAAUUACUUUAAAAGUUUGGGAUACAGCUGGACAAGAGCGGUUUCGUAGCUUAGUACCAAUGUAUUACAGAAAUUCAGAUGCAGUCGCUAUUAUUUUUGAUGUAUCAGACAGAGACUCAUUUAAUCAAGUUAAAAAUUGGAUUAAUGAAGUAAGAAAAAAUACAGACACGCCUGUGGUUUAUUAUGUUGUUGGUAACAAAACUGAUCUAUUAGAUACACGAGUAAUAAUGUAUGAAGAAGCUGAAGAAUUCGCUAAUUCAGUGAAUGCUCAUUAUUGGGAAACUAGUGUAUACUCAAACACAGGUAUUCAAGACUUAUUCACAAAUAUUGGUCGAAACCUUAUAGAAAUAGUAGAAAGUUCAAAACCACCAGUGCAUUUAAAACUUGAAAUUGAUCCAGAAGAAGUUCCUAACAAUGAAAGGAUAAAUAAUUCUAAGAUACAAUGUUGUACCAAUUGA